UUCCUCUCGUCCAUUUCCGUUUGGAACUCGAAGGUGGGAGGUUGGUCUGUAACGUAGUUCUCGGUUUAUACUUAACGAUCGUUGCUUCGUACUCGCGUAAAUGUUUCGAUUAAUUACGAUAAAACAAUUUUAUAUAUUCGAUAAGGUCGUUAAUUCGCCUGCUUUAUUCCGCGAUUCGCUAAAUUUUCAUUACAACAACGUAAUACGAGAAAAUGGCUGAAUCAAUAAAGAGUGAAUACGCAAGCCACGUGGCGAAGCAACUUACCGAAGAAGAAAUUGUAAAGAUGGAAGCGCAAAAUUCGCGAUUAGUUCCCGAAUUUCGAGCCAAUCAAUUGGAAAAGGACGCGAAAAAACAUUGGGAUCUAUUUUACAAACGAAACGAUACUAGAUUCUUUAAGGACAGACAUUGGACUACCAGAGAGUUUAACGAAUUAUUGGAUUUGACUAUGAAAAAUGAACAAAAUAUCCUUUUCGAAGUCGGUUGCGGUGUUGGAAAUUUUGUAUAUCCCUUGAUCGAGGAUGGAUUGAAAUUUAAAAUGAUAUUCGCGUGCGAUCUCUCUUCUAGAGCCGUGGAAUUAACGAAGAAUCAUUCGUUGUACGAUCCAGAGAAGAUGAAAAUUUUUCAAACGGAUAUCACGACAGAAAAUUGUUUUUUGGAGGUAGAUUGCCCGGUGAACAUCGCAACGUUAAUAUUCGUUUUAUCGGCUAUUCAUCCGAAAAAGUUUGGGAAAGUCGUAGAGAAUUUAUACAAUAUUCUCGAUAAAGGAGGAAUUGUACUUUUUAGAGAUUAUGGUUUAUACGAUAUGGCUCAACUGAGAUUUAAACCUGGUCACAAGAUCAGUGAAAAUCUCUAUAUGAGGCAGGAUGGUACCAGGACAUAUUAUUUUUCAGAGAAAGAAGUGUCAAAUUUAUUUCAAUCAGUUGGCUUUAAAGUACUAACGUGUAAUUAUGUACAAAGACGAACUAUAAACUUCAAAGAAAAAAUUGACGUGCCCAGAAUUUUUGUUCAAGGAAAAUUUGCAAAAUUCUAGUAAUAACGAAAAGGUUCCAUGGAUCGGAGUAAUUGAAGUAUUAUUGCAGCUAUUUAAUUA